CUGAUUGGAGGCCACAUUGUCAAUCAUUCAGUUGGCAGCCGGGCCGGUUUUACUGGUUCAGCUCCUCUCUCCGUGGGAUUGGAUGGUUCCGCAGUAAUUGGAGGAUUGAAAACCCAGCACUAGCAGCUUUGGGGGGGGGGGGAUCACAGUCAGUGAGUGCAUUGCUCUGUGGACUCGGUGAUGGGAGAAGCUUUUGUUAAGAUAAAGGCUUUCUGUUAUUCUCUGGUAAUUCCGCUGCCUUUUGAAUUACUUUCUUUCCUACCCGUGGGAUUCAUAGUUAUGAGGCACAGCCAACAGAUUCUGGUCCUAAAGUGAUUGACCAGGUGGAGUCCAAAGUGCUAUUUUUGGGCGAAAGCAAGAGCUGGAUUUCUGGUUUACAGAAAGGUGAUUAUGCAUUGGAGUAAUGCAACUUUCCAGAAUGGAUCCAGCUGGAAGACCAAUGACUCCUGCCUUCUGCCUACAACGUCUGCUCUUCUUCACAUUUGUCUUGCUGACAGUGUUUCUAGUGUAUUUCAACUUUCCCAAUGCGAAGUUAUUCCUUCAAAGAAUUCCAACCGAUAUGUCAGACAAGCUUUUCUCUUGAGGAAACCAUGCUGACUACAGCCUAUUUUAUCGUGUGCCUCCAAGAACCCUGAGACCUCAUUGAAUCCCAACAUCUUCCCAAAUACUGAGUUGAAUAUGUACAGAGUUUCCGGAUCAGACCCCCAGUGGAACGGAUGGCCAUCUCCAAAGUUUUAUUCCACAGUACAGCAAGGAGUGGAAAUGCAGAGGACUGAUUGGGUGCACAGGCUGUUGCAGUUUGGUUAUCAGAAUCAUACCUUCACCCCCGAAGAACGACUGGAGGGUUCAGUCCUGUUGAAACUAAUUGAAUGGCCAAAGCCUCCCACCCCUGCUGUGCCCUUUAAGAAAAGCAGUGACCCAUCGCGUGCUCGCUUUGUUAUUUUAAAUUCUGGAAAGACUUUCUACGUUGGUGAUAUGCUGCAAGUGAUGCUUCGCAUGUACGAUUAUGAAGGAAAUCCAAAGCAGUAUGGGGGUGAUUACAUCCUUGCUCGGAUCCACACCCCAGAGUUAAAGGCCGGUUCAGUUAUAGACAACCAAAAUGGAUUUUAUUAUAUAAAUUUUAACUUAUCCUGGCCAGGAAAAGUCCAAGUGUCUGUUUCCUUGGUUCAUCCCAGUGAAGUGAUCCAAGUACUUACGAGACUACGUGAGGAACGGCCGGAUAGAGUAACUUUUAAAAGUGCCUUCAGAUUUGGGACUACCUCAGAGACCACGAUGUGCAAUCUUCAUUUGCUUGAAACAAAGCCACUCUGUAAUUUCACUGAUCUCAGGACUGGGGAACCUUGGUUCUGUUACAAACCAGCAAAGCUUCCCUGCUCUUCUCGCAUCAACCAUUCAAAAGGAAUGUAUGUGAAAGGCCUUUUGAAGGAAGAUGAGGCAAUUUAUUUCAACAGGGAUUCCAACAUCAUCAAGAAGGCCUUAUUACCCAAUAUCCCAGGUUACAUAACAGUCAAGCCGUCCCCGCAUGCAGGGAAAGUGGGAGUUGGAGUUUCCCAAGAAUGUACCCGGGGAAGGCCAAUGUUAUCACCUUCUGGCUAUUAUUAUAAUGACCACUGGAUGUCAACAACCUGCAAUAUCCGUCGCUUUGACACUCCUGCAAAAGUUACAAACUGUCUUCAUGGGAAAAAAGUUUAUUUAUUUGGAGAUUCCACAAUACGUCAGUGGUUUGAAUAUUUAACUUCAUUUGUGCCAGGUCUGAAGAAGCUAGAUCUUGGCAACCUUGAGAAGAUUGGCCCUCACCUUGCAGUCGACACACAAAACAACAUCAUUGUGAGCUAUCGUCCCCAUGGCCCGCCAAUCCGGUUCAACACUGUAUCAAGCCAGGAUCUGCGCUACAUUUCCAACGAGCUGGAUGGAAUUAAAGGAGGGAAAGACACAGUCAUAGGCAUCACCUUAUGGUCCCAUUUCAGCACCUUCCCAGUAGAAGUGUACAUCCGAAGGCUACAGAAUAUCCGGAGAUCCAUUCUACAGCUCUUGGGCAGGAAUCCGGAUACUGUGAUUGUAAUGAAGACUGCUAAUGUCCAGCAUCUCCCGGGUGAAGCCAGUCUAUACAACAGUGACUGGUUCUCUCAUCAGUUCGAUGUGGUGAUGAGAAAAAUGUUCACAGGCAUCAAUAUCGCAUUUGUGGAUGCAUGGGAAAUGACCGUAGCCCACUACCUGCCACAUGAUCUGCACCCCAAACCAAUCAUUGUAAAGAAUCAAAUUGAUGUGCUUCUUUCCUAUGUCUGUCCUAGAAACAAAUAAGUACUUGGAUCAAAGUGAAGCAAAUCAUGUGAUCCUACCACCAGUCUCAUCUUCCCUUCUUGCUCCUCUUUUAUUCCUGCAAGGACCACUCUCUCGCGCUCUCACACUCCCGCUCUCCCUCCUGCUCCCCUGGCUCUAUCUCUCCUGGAUCGAUCUCUCUCUCUCGCACUCCCGCGCUCUCACUCUCGCUCCCUGGCUCUCUCUCUCUCUCUGUGUGACCCCCUACCCCCCACCUGGUCUGCUCAUUCCUUACCAAUGGCACUUCACCCUGCAGACACAGAAAGUCAUCACCUCCGUCACUGCAUCCAGGCUCCUUCGCAGCAG